UACUUAAAAUUGGUCAUAAAAGAAACUUUAAGGCCACAUCCUCCUGUUCCAUUGUUAGUUCCAAGAGAAUGUAGAGAACACUGCACCAUUAAUGGAUACGAUAUACCUGAGAGGAGCAGAGUUAUUGUGAAUGCUUGGGCAAUCGGUAGAAAUCCUUAUUUCUUAUGGGAUUUAUCAUUCUUAUUUCUAAGUUGUAGUAUCUAUGAAAUUGUCUGAUCGUAGGAUUUGUUUUCCUUGUUUAUUUGAUGUGUCUGAGUUAUGAAAAUCCCAUGUCGUUACCUGCCUGGUCUUGUCGUUUAUCCCUAUCAAUUUGUUCUGUUAGUGUUGUUUUUCUCACCUUAGAAAAUUAAGUUUUGAGGGGGAUUGUAAUGCAAAAGGCGCUCCCAAACGCGCCAAAAUGGCAGUGACCACCUCCUCUUCGAUAACAGCCCCACUUCCACGCCUAUCUUCUCCUCUAUCGUCCAUAAUAACCCCAGCUUUUCAAAACCUUAACCAUGGCCUUAAACCUAUAAAUCGCCGCCAACUCCUUAACGCAAUCUCCAUCUCUAUCUCCAUAUCCCCUAUACUCACACCAGUUGCUGGAGCACGUGGUCUCUUUCAAAUGCCGCCCGUCCGCCUUAGCAACCGGUAUUUUCUGGUGAGAGCUGGGGAAUCUGAAUUUGAGAGCCUAGGGAUUAUCAACACAAACCCAGUAGCAAAAACAUCAGUUGAUAGUGGUUUGUCAGAUAAAGGGAAGAAGCAGACACUAAAGGCUGCUUUAGAUUUGAAGGCAAUGGGAGCUUGUGAUAAUGGCUGUUGGAUUUGGCCUUCCAUUACUCAGAGAGCUUACCAGGCUGCAGAGAUUAUUGCUGCAGUGAAUGGAAUCAGCAGAAGCUAUAUAGUUCCAGAGUACAGCUUCCUGGAUGCUCGCGGAUUGGGAGCUUAUGAAGGCAAGAAAUUGGAAGCUCUUUCAGAAGUAUAUGAAUCAGAUACAAUUUCUCCAAGAAAUAAGCCUCCCCCUAUAGAUGAUGGCACCCCAAAUGAAAGUGUUUCAGAUGUAUUUGUCCGUGUGACACAGCUUAUGUCCAUUCUUGAGACUCAAUACUCUGAAGAAACAAUCGUUAUUGUCUCUCCAGAUUCUGACAAUCUGACAAUUCUACAAGCUGGUUUAGUCGGACUUGAUCUACGAAGGCAUAGAGAUCUUUCAUUUGGCCCUGGAGAAGUCAGAUUUGUUGAUACUAGUAGUAUACCUACUUACAAGCAACCUGCAUCUGCUUUAUAUAAAUGUGUAAAUCCACCAAUCUGUACCUGAAAUGCUGAAAUAAUUUUUUUAUUUGGCUUACAUGAUUUUUAUUUUUAUUUUUGAAAAAAAAAAACUACUUUCUCUGUUGGAUAUA